AACAAGAAAAAAACAAAAAAAAACAAAAUACAAAUAAAUUAUUUAUUUUUGUUUGAGAAAAAAAUAAAACAAAAAAAAAAAAUAAAAUUUAAAAAGAAUUUUUUUUUAAUUCUUAAUUUUUUUUUUAAAAACGUAUGUGUUUGUAAAAUAAAAAUAAAAAAAAAAUCAAAAUAACUUGCGUAUACAAAAAUCAGUGCUACAAAAUGAAAUAUUAAAACGGUAAAACUCAAAUCUUUACCGCAUAGUUAUAUACCACAAAAUUUAAAUUCUCCAAUGUAAAAUUGAUACUACAUAAUCUGAUGGUGUUUGUUUAGCAACAUUGACUGCAUUAUCGACAUUAAAAAAUGAUCUAAACAGAAACACAAGUGAAAAACUUAAGAAAAAUUUAUAAAUUUAGUACAAAAAUAUUAGAAUUAAAACAAAAAAAAAAAAUAAUAAUAAUAAAAACUUUAUUUUAAAUUUUAUAAAAUAAAAUAAAAAAAAAAAAUUCUAAGUCAUUUAAAUUAUUACAUAUAUACAUAUACACAUAUAUUUUUUUUACGAAUUUCAAAUUCCAAAAAAAAAAAAAAAAGAAAAAAAAAAUGUCACCGUAUAUUUCCAAAUUAUAUUUAUUAAUAAAAUUUACAACAAUAUUUACAACAUUAAUUUUAAUUAAAAAUGUUGAAACAAGACGUCAUUCACCACUUCUUGUCGAAGAUGACGGUGCUGCACGUAGAAAUAAUCGACCAGCUGUUUCAGAAUGCCAAUUUGGCAAAUCAUUGAAGGAGCUAGGAUCGACAUGGUAUGCAGAUUUGGGACCUCCUUUUGGUGUUAUGUAUUGCAUCAAAUGUGAAUGUAUUGCGGUACCAAAAAAACGUAGAAUAGUCGCAAGAGUUCAAUGUCGAAAUAUUAAAAAUGAAUGUCCACCAGCUGAUUGUGACGAUCCAGUUUUAUUACCUGGAAGAUGUUGUAAAAUUUGUCCUGGAGACGAAACUGAAACGGAAAUACCUCAGGAUUAUCCUGUCCAGGUAAAUGCAGAUGAGGAAGAGCGCAACAUGAAACAUUUCGCCGCUCUAUUAACUGGAAGGACAUCGGCAUUUUUAAAGCUUGAGGAAAUGAAAUCAAUGUAUUCCAUAAAUAAUCCUCAAAAUGCUAUUGCAACAGCAAGAUUUACGUUUCAUAAGAAAAAUCUUUAUUAUUCAUUUUAUUUGUCAAGUAAAAUAGUUCGGCCUAGAGCUAUACAAUUUAUUGAUAAUAUUGGAAAUAUAUUAGAGGAACACAAUUUAAUGACACCUUUAAAUGGACUUUUAAGUAGUUAUCAAAAUUCAACUGGUAAAAUUUGUGGUGUAUGGAGACGGAUACCACGUGACUACAAGAGACUUUUAAGAGAUGAAAAAUUAUUUGUUAUAUUACUAUGGGAUAGAAAAUUUCAAUCAGAAUUAGCAUUGGCAGGUAGAAUAGCACGUUAUACUGCUUUAUCAACAGAAUUAUUUAGUUCAUUAUUGGAACCUGGAAUUGGAACUAUACCGGAACAAAUGAAUGGAUCUGGUGGUACAGCUAUUGUUUCAACUACAAGUGGUGCUGCAUCUUCAGUUCAUUUAACAAUUGUAUUUAAUGGUAUAUUCGGUCCAGAUGAUACUUUUGAUGUACCCAUAAAUAUCAGAAUUGAAUCACCAGAAAGGAAAGAAAUUAUAUUAGAUGAAAUUCAAAAAAUUAAAAAACCUUCUCCAGAAAUAAAUAUAUUAGAAAUAUCAUCUCCGAUUUCAAUACAAAAUUUAAGACUUUUAGGUCGUGGAAAAUUAAUUUUAACAGUUGAAUCUCGAAAAUAUUUGAAUUUAAAAAUCCAAGGUCAUAUUAUAACACGGGCAACCUGUGAACUUUUCCAAACACUUUUAACUCCAUCAAAUCAAAAUUCAAAUAGCAUUGUAAGGACAAACAGUGGUCUUGCAUGGGUUUAUCUAAACACAGACGGUUCAUUAGCCUAUAAUAUUCAAACAAAUGAAUUAAGAGAAUCAGAACGACCAAAUAUUACAUUAACUGAUGAUAAUGGACGAAAAAAAGGAAUACUCGAGGAUUUGUCAGCAAAUUUUAAUUAUAAUCAGGCUAUUGGUACUGUCGAUAAAUUAGGACCAAGAGUUUUAGAAGCUUUAUAUUCAGGUGAUUUGGGUGUGAAUAUUGCAUUAGAAAACAACACACAGGUAAUUCGAGGACGACUAACAUCACGAUAUGUCGCCGAUGCUAGAGAUUCAUCAGAGCCAAUAUUGUUAAAACACCAUAAAUCAUUAGCUCAUCCAUCCAAUACUUAUUAUAUGGGUAUGGCUUGGAUUGCAAUAGAUAAUGAAUGUAAUCUUCAUUAUGAAGUAACCAUAAGUGGGAUUAACAAUAAUCAACAAAUAUUUCAAAUAUAUUUAGAAGAGAAACCUAUUGAAGCUAUCGGUGCACCAAUUUCAAGGAAAUUACUUGAAGAAUUCUCUGGAACACAUUUAGAAGGAUUUGUUUUGAAUAUGCCAUAUAAUGAAUUAGCUAAAUUAGAAUCAAGUGUUUGUUAUUUAGAAAUUUAUUCAAAAGCUUCAAAAGAAUUACUAUUGCGUGGUAAAUUAAAAUCAACAAAAGUUCCAAGCCAUUGUUAUCCAGUUUUUACUGACAAUAAUGUUCCAAAUGUUAACGUAAUACCAAAUGAUCAUAACGAUAAUAUGCUAUUGUCACAUGAAACAAAAUGUUUUCACUCAGGUCGCUUUUACGAUGAAGCGGAACAAUGGAGAAGUACCCGUGAAAUUUGUACAAUGUGCACUUGUCAAUAUGGUCGUGUAAUAUGUGACGCUAUUAAAUGUCCUAAUCCAAAAUGUAAACCAAAUGAACAUUUAGUAACACGUGAAGGAGAAUGUUGUCCAACAUGUAUUUCAACCAAAUUUCUUCAAGAUACGGCCAUAAUAUCAAAUUUUAAUAAUUCAAAUAAAGGUUGUCAAUUAGGUAAUGAAAUAUAUUUACCUGGUGCAACCUGGCAUCCAUAUCUACCACCAAUGGGUUUCGAUAUUUGUACAACAUGUGUAUGUGAUCCAAAUACAUUACAAGUUCAAUGCCCAAGAAUUGUAUGCCCCCAAUUAGAUUGUCCAGAAAAAAUUGCUUACCGACCAGAUAAAAAAGCUUGCUGUAAAAUUUGUCCUGAAUCAAGAUCAUUAAAUAACGUAGAAAAAAAUUCAUCAAAUGCAGAAAAUAAUAAUAAUCAAAAUUAUUUACGCGACGAAGGAUCGAUCAGAAGUUUUCAGAAACGUAAUGAAGAAAUUUUAGCAAACGGGGGUUGCAAAGUAAUAAAUGUGUUUUAUGAAAAUGGACAGGAAUGGCAUCCAAUUAUAGCAUCACAUGGUGAACAGAAAUGUGUUAAUUGCAGAUGCAAGGAUGGAAAAGUAACUUGUGGUAGAAAAAAAUGUUUACGAGCAUUAUGUAAUAAUAAUAAUCGUGGAACAGGUAAAAGAAAAGGGCAAAAAAAGGAUAUAAUGAAUAAUAAUGAAAUCGAUGAAUGCUGUACAGCAAUGCAAUGUCGCAGAGAACGAAGACAUGGAGGACAUCGAAAAUUACACAGGGAUCGAGAGGAUAAAAACACAUUAGAAAUAGAAAAAACAACAACAAGUCGAUCGACACAUACGAAAAGAAGCUGAAAAAUAGAAUUUUAGGAAGACUAUUUAACUAUUAUACACGAAGAUACUUAUGUAAAAAUACAAGUUUAUAUGUGCAUGUAUUUUUAAAUAGGAUAAAAAAUGACUGCCUGUGAAAAAAAACAGCAAUAAACAAAGAAACAAAAUGAAUUUAAAUUGUAAUAUAUAUAAGUAUGUAUAUUGAAAAAAAAAUAAUAAUGAAUUUAUACCUUUGUUUUUCAAAAGCAACCAAUAUAAUAUUUUUCCACAAAACUAAUGUAUAUAUAGAUAAUGUGAGGCCAAGAAGGCAACUUGUAUUACAAAUAAAAGAAAAAGAAUUUUUGAAAUAAAAUUACAAAAAAAAAAAAAUAUGUACAUAAAUAUAUUGAAUUUUCAUAAAACAAAAAGAAAAUUCAGACAAUAAAUUCAAUCCUAUUUAAAAUAAACACCAAAAAAAAACAUAGUUAUACACUAAUUUGUUUGAUCAAUAUUGUCAAUCAUUUCACCAAAAUUAUUUGUAGUGAAAAAGAAUCUUCUUGCGCACAAUUCUCGUAUAUUAUUUAAUAAGCCUAUUAUACUAAAUUAAUUUACGAGAUUAAAACACUGACAAAAUAAAAUUUAUAUACAUACAUAUAUAUAUAUAUAUGUAUGUGUGUAUGUAUGUAUGAAUAUGUAUAUACAUAUAUAUUUUACUUAAACGCUUCGCAGCAAUUUAUUUUAGUCAAAAGUAUUGCAAACAAAAAAAAAAAUACAAAAAAAAAAUUGAAACAAAUUUAUAACAAUUAAAAUAAACCAAACCAAAACAUUAGCAACAAAACGGUAACACCAAUAGAAUGGUAAAUAUAAUGUAUAAAUUGAACUAAUAAUCGAAUAAUUUUUCAAGCAUAAUUAUUAUUUAAUGUUAAAAUAUUUAAUAAUUAAUUUAUUAAAUACGAUUUAUAAGAAUAGUCAAUUUAAAAAAAAAAUGGUUACAAUACAUAUCGUAAAUAAUAUCGUAAAUGAAAUAAAAACAGUCAAAUUAAAAAAUUAACUUUAAUAAAAACUACCGAAAACUAAAUUGUUGAAUUGUUUGUCAAUUUGUUUCAAGCACAUAAAAAAAAAAAGAAAGUUCAGAAAAGAAAAAAAAACAUUUUUAAAUAUUGCAAAAAUAUACAAAAAGAAAACAAAAACACAAAAAAAAAAAAACAAAAUUUAUUUAUUAAUGUUAGUAAUUGAUUAUUUUUUAUUUAUAAUACAUUCAUUAUGUAUAAAAAAAAAAUUCAUAUUAUAUAAAUGAAUAAACAUAACUAUAGAUUUAAUAAUGUU